AAGUAAAUUCCGCGCAUCUGGCAACACGCGUAAUCUCGUUAGUCACGAACUCUCGCGAGAUCACACGCGUUGCGGCCCUGUUAGCGUGUAUUACAAGCUGCUGUUUAGCAGUAACAGACCCCAAUGAUGAGUUAUGCUGAAAAGCCAGAGGAAAUAACUCGUGAGGAAUGGAUGGAAAAGCUCAACAAUGUCCACGUUCAGCGGGCGGACAUGAAUCGGCUCAUCAUGAAUUAUCUGGUGACAGAGGGUUUUAAGGAGGCAGCAGAGAAAUUUAGACUGGAAUCAGGAAUCGAGCCAAGCGUUGAUCUGGAUUCACUAGAUGAGAGGAUAAAGAUCAGAGAGAUGAUACUGAAGGGCCAGAUUCAGGAGGCCAUUGCACUGAUCAACAGUCUGCAUCCUGAACUUUUAGAUACUAAUCGCUACCUGUACUUCCAUCUCCAGCAGCAGCACCUGAUCGAGUUGAUUCGCCUGCGGGAGACUGAGGCGGCACUGGAGUUUGCGCAGACGCAGCUGGCUGAGCAGGGCGAGGAGAGUAGAGAGUGUCUGUCUGAGAUGGAGCGCACGCUGGCACUCCUGGCCUUCGAUAACCCUGAGGAGUCACCGUUUGGAGAUCUGCUCAACAUGAUGCAGAGACAGAAGGUAUGGAGUGAAGUAAACCAAGCUGUCCUGGACUACGAGAACCGAGAGUCGACACCAAAACUGGCGAAACUCCUAAAACUUCUGCUCUGGGCUCAGAAUGAACUGGACCAGAAGAAGGUCAAGUACCCUAAAAUGACUGAUCUGAGCAAGGGCACUAUUGAGGACCCCAAAUAGAAAGGAACACAAGCGCUGCUCAGAUUUAACGCUGGGUGGGAAUCAGAAUGGACAUUUUUGCCUCCCCUUUCACUAUUUAUAUUCAGUCAGUGACUGAUUUUUUUUCUGUUUAGCAUACUUCUAUUUGCUAUUGCUUAUCAGAGACUUUUUGCAUUAAAUGGGUCGUGCAAAUGAGAAUGUUUGUAUUUAAGAUCUGAUUCAUAGCCAAAACAGGAACACUUUUGAACACUGA